AUGGCCCAAGCAUGGCGGGGCGGCGGGUCCUGGGCUGGAGGCCGGGCCGAUCGUCCAGGCCGGGCAGGCCGAGGUCGGGGAGGGGCCGAUGUAGACGAGCCCUUGGAGCAAGUCCUGUCUCGUUUGGACGACGUGCUGCCCGAGGACGUCCCGGCGCAGAUCGCCGCUCUGCGGCAAGUCGCAUCGGUGAGAAGCGAGGACCCUGCCAGGCUGCGGCAGGAUAUUCGCUUGCAGAAGUGCUUGGACAGACUUGGUGAGCAGAUUCAAGAAGUGGAUGCACAAGGCCUUUCAGACCUCGCCUGGUCGUAUGGGAGGUUGGCUGUACAGCAUGGCCCAUUGAUCCGAAGUCUACGCGCUUGCGUGGAGCUGAGCCCGUAG